AUGUCAGUUUUCAUUGCCAAAGUCAAAAGCGUUUUAAGUGGAGACACCGUUGUGGUGAUCCCUUCAAAGUCAGCGCAAAUCCCUCCUCCAGAAAGAAUUAUUACCUUGCAAUAUGUGAAACCAAUUGACGAAAUAUUGUCGAAAGAAUAUCUUCGUCAAUUGUUAAUUGGUAAGGAAGUCAAGAUCAAGGUUGAGGGAAAGGCAGGAAAUAGGGAGUUUGGAGAUAUUAAGGCCCCAAUAUUUGAGUCGUUAAUUGAAUACUUGUUGACAAAUGGUUACGUCAAGUUGAGAGACAAUGUGCCCGAUGAAGUUAUCGAUAAUUUGGAGCAAAUUGAAACUAGGGCCAAACAGAAACAAGUUGGGCUUUGGGAUGGGAAAUCCAAAAGCGUUGAUGUUGUUCCAUUGGAUGAAAGCAUCGUAUUGCAUUCCCAAAAACAACCGUUGAAAUUUGUUGUGCAAAAAGUCAUUAGUGGAGAUCGAGUUGUAGCGUACAUUUACGUCAACGAUCACCAAGUUUCUGAGAGCCCAUUUUUGUUAGCCGGUGUCAAAACUCCCAGAACUGAUGAUCCGAAUCAACCGGCUCACUUGACUAAAGUUGUACAACAAGCUAAACUCUUUGUGGAAGAAAAAUUGUUAACAACCAAGGCUGAUUUGACGGCUGCUAUCAUUGGUAAGAGCCAAUCAGGCGUUCCAGUUGCUUUAAUCAAUCAUCCGCUGGGAAACGAUGUCAGCCAAAAGCUUUUGGAGUUGGGGUAUGCCGAAAUUGUCGAUUGGCAAUCCACUCUCAUUGGUUCAACAGCGAUGUCUAGAUUGAGAAAGGCUGAACAAGCGGCAAAGGCUCUUGGUAAGGGUAUAUUUGCUAGUUCUAGACCUACUGGCUCUACUGGCUCUACUGUUUCUAUAGGUCAAGGAUCAAAGUUGAAGACAGGGAGUACGGUAAAUGUGUCCGUUGCCAGGGUCGUAAGUGCAGAUACUUUAGCAGUGAGAGUGCCUGGUUCAGAUGACGAGAUUGUGGUACAAUUAGCCUCCAUUAGGGCCCCAAAGCCAAAAGAUGUUACCUUGACGACAGAUUCAGCUAAGCAACAGGCAAUAGUAGCUUCAGCUCGUGAAUUUGUUCGCUCCAACUUCAUUGGCAAGCAAUUUCUGGCUCAUGUUGAUGGUUAUAGAGAAGCUAAUAAGGACUUGGGUAUCGAAGAACGACCACUCAUCACAAUUGCUGAGUUGUCUGAAUCUAUCGUCGCAAAAGGUGUAGCCUCCGUGACAAAGCAUGGCAAAAACACCGAACAUGAACGCUCCUAUAAUUGGGAUAAGCUUGUGGAGUUGGAGGAGAUCUCCAAAAAGCAAAAAAAGGGUAUUCAUGGAGACAUUGAUAAGUUUUUGACUGUUAGCACAAGAGUUGUUGAUGCAUCAGAAAACCAUGCUAAAGCCAAGACGUUCUUGAAUGGUUUCAAAUCUAAAGGAAAGGUUUCUGGCUUCCAUAUUCUGUAUGUUCCAAGAGCCAACAAAGUUAAACUCUUUAGUCCAAAAGAAAGCUUGACUUUGAAUUUUAUCCUUGGAGGUAUAGCAAAUGACGAUUCGAAGGAGGCGGUAAAACAUCUUCACAAAAAGUUUUUCCAAAGACCAGUUGAGUUUGAGGUUUAUGAUAUUGACAAAGUGGGAUCUUUUAUUGGGAAUUUAUACGUAAGCUCUGGAUCGUUGUUGAUCCAAAAGGAUUUGGUUGCUCAGGGUUUGAUUAAGCUCCUGGACUUUGUAAACACCAAUUCAGAAGCUGCAUCUUUAAUAAAUGCCGAAGACAAAGCAAGAGAACAGAAGAAAGGAAUUUGGAAGGACUAUGAUGAAACUGUUGAGAAAGAGGUUGCAAAAACGGCUUCUCAGUUGCAAGCUAGUAGUAUCAGCACAGCCAAGCCGGAAUUUUAUGAUGUCGUGGUUACACAUAUAAAUGAGGAUGGCGUGAUUUAUUUCCAAAAGUCGCUGAAGAAAUUGGAAGAAUUUGAGUCUCAGUUUGACCGUUUCCACGAGCAAAAUGCAAGUGCCGCUAAACUGUCACAGGACUUACCGGUUGGUUUGGAAAAGGCUCCUAGAAGAGGUGAGUUGGUGUCUGCUAAAUUUGAUGGUAAAUACUACCGGGCCAAAAGCUUGGGCUUGGUCAAGGGUAAGGUCGAGGUGUUGUUUAUUGAUUACGGAAACGUUGAUUACGUUGGUGUGAGGGAAUUACGGGCAUUACCUACGAAGUUUGCAUCAAUUCCUGCGUUUGCAUUCAGUUCGGUUUUGCAAAAUUUGAAAUUGCCACCCAAGAAUACUGAUUAUUUUACCGCCGCAAUUGAGUAUUUGGAGGACUUGACUUUGGACAAGAAGUUGGUUGCCAGCGUUUUACCUGGACAAGAUACCUCUUAUGAAACUAUCUUGUACGAUGCUGAAGAGAGCUUGAAAGACGCUACGUACACAAUCAAUAAACAAUUGGUGAGUCAAGGUUGGGCCAUUGUCGACGCUAAGGUUGUUAACCCUGCUGUUAAAAAAUACGUUGAAGAGUUAUUGGAAGUGCAAAGAUCAGCAAAGUCCCGUCACAAGGGGUGUUGGGAAUUUGGCGAUGUGUCGUUUGAGGAGGACAGUUUGUUGGUAUAG